AUGUCUCUCAAAGCUGACGGUUUCGAGUCCUCCGCCGCGUUCGACGUGAUCAACUCUACUCUCCAGGGAGAUGAGGCCGAGCGCAAGGAUGCCAUCAGCAAGGCCCAGACCGUUGUCGGGUUCACCCUAAAGAACAAGGAAGGCAAGGAAGAAAGCUGGCACCUUGACCUCAAGGAGAAAGGCGUUGUUGGCAAGGGUGCUGCUCCUGCUGGCAAGAAGGCUGAUGUGACCCUCCAGCUUUCUGACGCUGACUUCGGUUCCCUUGUUUCCGGCAAGGUCAAUGCUCAGAAGCUCUUCAUGGGCGGCAAGCUCAAGAUCAAGGGCAACAUCAUGAAGGCUACCAAGAUGGAGCCCGUUCUUAAGAAGGCCCAGGGCAAGGCCAAGCUAUAG